CAACAACUGCUGAGCUACAAUUCCCAUCAGCACCAGUUAGCACGGCCAAUGGUGGUGGGAGUUGUAGCUGAGCUCAGCCACAAGCUCCUCUCCCUGUAGGCAGAAUGGAAGUGGACUUCCGCCUCUGUUUAUGACAUCAGAUACUCACGGAGAUUUAAAAUUCCACAGCAAUUGCUCUGCGAUAUUCCGAGAGAGACGUCCCCUGUUCUGGGAGUUAAGCCAGGCUCCAGGACUUCCUCAAUGCUGAUUCUCAUCAGAACAGCCCUUUUCCUCCUGGUGCGUCCUGCCUUGCCCGACGACACGGUGGCCGACGACAUUGGCAGCCACAUGAUGGGCCGCAUCUCGGAGCUCCUGUCCCCCGAGGAAUGCCAGGCCUUUUACGCCAAGCUCAUUGGGCCGGAGGAGAACGUCAACGAAGAGCUCCAACGGCUCUCGGCGGAGAGGAACCCCAUUCGUAGGCGGCGGGAAAUCGCCACCACCGAGGCCUGCAAAGCCACACUCAACGGCUGGCUGGAGACGGAAGGAGACACCAUGUAUUGGGACCGCCUGUCGAGGGCUCUCCAGGCCGUCGGCCGUCCCGACGUCUCCCUGGAGCUGGGCAAGAACCUCAACCAAGACAAGAGUCUGGAGAUCAAGAAGAACGUGGAGGGAUAUCACAAGACGGUCCAGCGCUUGACCUCUUCGCUGCUCCUGGAAGAGAACGAGAUGGGUGGGAGCGAGGGGCCAGGAGGCCGGCUGCGGAGAGAGGGAUCUCAGGCCCAGCUGGAAGAGAGGGAUUGGGACAAAUUGGAGCUGAUUAUAGAGAGGAGGCCCCUGCCGCCAUACAACAGGAGUCUCUUUCAGUGGGUCACUCCACUGGUGACAGGGGUCGUCGGUGGAUUCCUCACGUCCUUCGUUGUGGUGGCUCUAGCCGUCUAUUCUUUCUUCUGGAUCUUGAAGCAAGAAAGUCCCACCCCCAUGGCCCCCAACUGGGACUCUGUGCCUGAUAUGAUUUUCCGCUCCCCUUCGCCCAAGCGUGGGGCCAUCUACUACUCAUUUCAGCAAUUUGAUGAUCUGGGGAAGCGUGGCGGUGAGACGGAAGAUUACGGCGAUGACGACAAUAACGAGGAAGACUGGGAGAAAGAACCCAUUGUUAGGUCUUAAGUAAAGUCAACCUUACUGCAACUUGCUUUAUGGAGAAUGUAGAUUAAAAAUAAAACGUGUUUGCUUAA